UAUAUAAUCACUGCUUGCUUCCUUUCCUUCAACUUCACCUUCUCCCACCAACUGCCUUCCAACAUGGCUGAAACUGAAUCCCAUAUCCGUCCAAGAGUCUAUUUCAACAUUUCAAUCGAUAGCAAGCCCUCUGGCCGAUUGACCUUUGAGUUGUUCGAUGACAUUGUUCCUAAAACCGCUGAAAACUUUCGUGCUCUAUGCACUGGAGAAACUGGCAUUGGCAAAGCUGGCAAACCCCUAUGGUUUAAAGGCUGCACCUUCCACAGAAUCAUCAAAGACUUUAUGAUUCAGGGUGGUGAUUUCACCCAGGGCAAUGGCACAGGUGGUGAAUCUAUCUACGGCGAAAAGUUCGACGAUGAAAAUUUCAAGCUAUCCUUUGAUAAGCCCUUUUAUUUGGCAAUGGCCAACUCAGGCCCCAAUACUAACGGCUCCCAAUUUUUCAUAACAACAGUAAAGACCCCUCAUCUCGACAACAAACAUGUCAUUUUUGGCAAACUACUCUACGGCAAAAAAUUGUUGAAGAAAAUGGAAAACUUAAAAACUGAUUCAAAUGACGCUCCCUUGAAACCCUGCAAGGUUCUUGACUCAAACCAGAUUCUACCUCCCUACAAUGACAAGGACAAUGACGAUAAUGAAAACAACAAAAACGUCAACUCCCCAGAUCAAUUUGGCGAUAUUUACGAAGAUUCCAUCUUCGACAACGAUAACAUUGACAUUGACAACCCCAAAUCUGUCUUUGAUGCUGUGGAAAACAUCAAAUCAAUCGGCACCGCUCUUUUCAAAGCAAAAGACUUUCAAAAUGCUUUUGAGAAAUACUCAAAGGCUUCUGAGUAUCUUAACGACUACUUUCCAGACGACUUGUCAACCGAUAACAUCAACUACUUGAACAACUUGAAGGCCUCAAUCUACUCAAACCUAGCCUUGGUUGCUCUAAAACUAAACAAAAACCCGGCUGCAAUUAAAAACGCUACUCUUUGCUUAGAAUCCGAAAACCUCUCUCAAUCCUUCAAAUCAAAGGCUCUUUACCGUAGAGCUUUAGCCCAUAUCAACUCUCACAAUGAAGAUCAAGCUUUAACUGAUCUCAAUAAUGCUUUGCAAUUAUCUCCAAACGACCCUGCUGUCCUAGCCGCAAUUACUACUGCUAAAGCAAACAAAAGGUUGCGUACACAAAGAGAAAAGCAAGCCUUUGCAAAGUUCUUUUCUUCCAAAUGAUCCAUCUACAUCUUUCUAAACCUACACUUUAUCUAUAGUUUAUCUACACCUUACAUAGUUACAAUUCUAGAAUGUUUUUCUUUAAUUCCUUUUCCAUCAAAUACAAAACUUUAAUCACAACCUUGAUUCGAAAUUUCAAUUUACCCG